AUGAGGUCAGAAAUCACAAGAGAAACAAAGUUGCUCUUCGAUCUUCCACAGGAUGUGAUAGAAGAGAUAUUCUCUAAGGUUCCGGUGACAUGUCUAAGAAGAAUACGAUCUACUUGCAAAAGAUUGUACGCUUUACUCAAAGAUCGUGGAUUCAUCAGAAAACAUUUUGCUAAAUCAGCAAGGCAGUACCAUGCUCUUAUGCUAAAGAAUUUUAGGUUUUAUUCAGUGAGCUUCAAUCCUAAUGGAACUGAGAUGGACGUGGCUUCCUUGUUUAAUGGUGAACGUAGCCUAAUCGACCCCUAUAGUAGUUCAGAAGCUAUUAUAUCUCAAGCCUUUCACUGUGAUGGUUUAUUGCUAUGCACCACCAAGGAAAACCGAUUAGUGGUUUUGAACCCGUUUUCAGGGCAAACCAAAUGGUUGCAACCACAAAAUCGUUGUAAGAUAGAUGAGGCCUAUGUUCUUGGAUACGACAACAGUGACUUGUGCCAUAGCUACAAAAUCUUGAGUUUUCCGGAUCUAUACGAACAAGAAUUGGAAACUAUCAAGAAUGCAGGGAGGGAUCUUGAUGUCACUCCCGAAGGCGACUUAGAAUUGAAAACCGAUGAUUUUAGCUCUAAUUCAUGGAGGAGAAAUCUUGGUGUCACUCCCCACGGCGGCUUAGGAUUGAAAAUAUAUGAUUUUAGCUCUAAUUCAUGGAAGAAACUUGAUGUCAUCACUCCCGAAGGUUGCUUAAAAUCUUAUGGUGUGUCACUGAAGGGAAAUGCUUAUUGGGUGUACAUGUCUAAACGAAGAGGAGUCAACGACUACUCUCUACUUAGUUUUGAUUUUUCAACAGAGAGUUUUCAACAUUUGUGUGUUCCCUUUCAUCAGGAAGCAGAUUGUUUUGGUACUAUGGCUCUCUCAGUUGUUAGAGAAGAACAUCUUUCGUUGUUAUAUCAGAGUUGCGAGACUCUAAAGGUGGAAAUAUGGAUGACCAAAGAGAUUGAUACAACAUUUGUGUCAUGGAAAAAGUUCUUAACAGUGGAUUUAGAACCUCAUCUACCUCAUCUCCUUAUGUUUUCGUGUCGCAUGAGUUUCUUCAUCGACGAGGAGAAGAAAGUUGCCGUGUGUUGUGACAGAGAUAACAAGGUACACGUUGUUGGAGAAGAUGAAUACAGAGUAUCUUCUGGUUUUUAUUUUCUAGAUUUUGAAGGCAUAACAUGUUGCCUGACUGUCUUUGGUUAUGUUCCAAGAUUGGUUUGA